AUUAAAAUAUUGUUUACAGCUUCAAGCCUGCUUAUUUAAUAUUUUUCCUUCUUUGUUAGUUCUUGUGGCAGGAGAAUACUGGGCUGAGAUGGAAGUCAAAACAUCAUUUAGCAAAGCCAGCAGGAUUCCUGAAACUGUAUCCACAUUAAUUAAUGAAGAAUUUGUCCUGGUUCAUCAGCAAUCUGAGGAUACCUCUGGAAAAGAUGAAAAACCUCAGCUGAAGGUAUUUUCAAAUGGAGAUGAUCAGCUGGAGAAAGCAAUGGAAGAGUUACUGAGGGAUUCUGAAAAAGACCAGAACGAUUUCACUGCUCUCCAAGAAGGUUCCAGUGAUGCAAGCAGCCAGGCAGCUCAAGAUGAUUCAGCAGGUCAAACACAUACGCCAUCUUUGCACCUUGCUUUAGAUCCUUCUACUACAGAAAUCUCUGCACCAAGGCCGUUUUUUCCUGGUGAACCCCUGGAAGAGGACAGUGUAUUGUUUAACAAACUGACUUAUUUAGGUUGCACAAAAGUGUCUGCCCCUCGAAAUGAACCAGAAGCUCUACAUGCCAUGGCAAACAUGAAAUCCUCAAGUCAAGCCUCUUUACCUGUAACACUUUAUGUUCCAAACAAUCCGGAAGGCUCCGUAAGAAUAAUAAAUCAAUCAAGCAACACAGAGAUAGCCUCAUUUCCAAUCUAUAAGGUGUUGUUUUGUGUGCGUGGACAAAAUGGAACUUCAGAAAGUGACUGUUUUGCAUUUACUGAAAGCAGCUGUGGAACAGAGGAGUUCCAGAUUCAUGUUUUUUCCUGUGAGAUUAAAGAGGCAGUCAGCCGAAUUUUAUAUAGUUUCUCAACAGCAUUCAAACGUUCUUGCAAACAAGCAUCUGAUCAUGUUAAGGACUUUCUUCUUCCUACUCCAGAUAGCGAUGUGUACACUUUCAGUGUUUCCUUAGAAGUCAAAGAAGAUGAUGGAAAAGGAAAUUUUAGCCCUGUGCCAAAGGAUAGAGAGAAAUUAUAUUUCAAGCUUAAACAGGGAAUUGAGAAGAAAGUGGUGAUUACAGUUCAGCAACUCUCAAACAAAGAACUGGCCAUUGAAAGAUGCUUUGGGAUGCUGCUAAGCCCUGGACGAAAUGUGAGGAACAGUGACAUGCAUUUACUAGACAUGGAAUCCAUGGGAAAAAGUUCUGAUGGGAAGGCUUAUGUAAUUACUGGAAUGUGGAAUCCUAAUGCACCCAUGUUUCUGGUACUUAAUGAGGAAACUCCUAAAGAUAAGCGUGUAUUCAUGACUGUGGCAGUGGAUAUGGUUGUUACUGAAAUAGUAGAGCCAGUUCGUUUUUUGCUUGAGACUGUUGUGCGUGUGUAUCCUGCCAACGAACGUUUCUGGUACUUCAGCAGAAAAACCUUCACGGAAACUUUUUAUAUGAAGUUAAAACAGUCUGAAGGAAAAAGCCAUACAAAUGCUGGGGAUGCCAUUUAUGAAGUUGUCAGUCUACAAAGAGAAUCUGCAAGAGAGGAAGAACUGGUCAGCCCAGCAAGUGGAGGAGGGCCUGUAUCAUCCCAGGAGGAUGAGGCAGAAGAAGAGAGUGAUAAUGAACUCUCCAGUGGCACUGGUGAUGUGUCAAAGGAUUGUCCUGAGAAGAUUUUGUAUUCCUGGGGAGAAUUACUGGGGAAAUGGCACAGUAAUCUUGUUGUGAGACCAAACGGGUUGUCUACUCUGGUGAAAAGUGGUGUUCCAGAAGCACUAAGGGCAGAGGUUUGGCAGUUGCUGGCAGGAUGCCAUGACAACCAGGCAAUGCUGGAUAAAUACAGAGUUCUCAUCACAAUGGAUUCUGCUCAAGAGAGUGUCAUUACACGAGAUAUUCAUCGUACAUUUCCAGCACAUGAUUAUUUCAAAGAUACAGAAGGAGAUGGUCAGGAAUCUCUAUACAAAAUCUGUAAGGCAUACUCUGUUUAUGAUGAAGACAUUGGCUAUUGCCAGGGACAGUCUUUCCUUGCAGCUGUGCUUCUACUUCAUAUGCCAGAAGAGCAGGCGUUCUGUGUAUUUGUGAAAAUAAUGUAUGACUAUGGCUUGAGGGACCUCUACAGAAAUAACUUUGAAGAUCUCCAUUGCAAGUUUUUCCAGCUGGAGAAGUUAAUGCAGGAGCAGUUACCAGACUUGUAUGGCCAUUUCUCAGACCUCAAUUUGGAAGCUCAUAUGUAUGCAUCCCAGUGGUUCCUCACUCUUUUUACUGCCAAGUUUCCACUGUGCAUGGUCUUCCACAUCAUUGACUUACUACUUUGUGAGGGUAUGAACAUAAUCUUCCACGUAGCCUUGGCUCUCUUAAAGACCUCAAAAGAGGACCUUCUACAAGCUGAUUUUGAAGGAGCUUUAAAAUUCUUCAGGGUUCAGUUGCCCAAGAGGUACAGAGCUGAAGAGAACGCCAGAAGACUGAUGGAACAAGCCUGCAACAUUAAGGUGCCAACAAAAAAGCUGAAGAAAUAUGAGAGAGAGUACCAAACGAUGCGAGAGAGUCAGCUGCAGCAGGAAGAUCCCAUGGACAGAUACCAGUUUAUAUGUUUGUAGGUAACUCUCCUGGUGUUGCACUUUUAUGGGAGAUCUUCAUGAGAUGCAGAAACAAAGGGUGAUUCUCAGCUACAGACACAAAAAGGAGAAAAUACACAUUGCUCUAGCACAAGCUGUGUGCAGUGGCAUCCACAGAGACUUUUGGAAGAUGAACUCUUCCUUGACUGAUAUGAUCCUUGUUAUUCAUCUCUGUUAAUACCAAGCAUCAGUAAUUUUUUGCUAAUACAAUGCCUAGUACUGUGGGAGCCAGAGCUUUCCCGGGGUCCCAAGGUACUACUGCAAUACAGUUAAUAGUGAUAAAUAUCCUGCCUUAAAACAGCAGAGAAAUAAAGGUUCAGUUAUCAGUAUUAUAGCUUGAUAGUUCACAAACAAAAAAUUUAAUUUUAAUUUUGGAUCAGCAUUGUUUAUCUUUCCAAUGUAUUUGCUUUUAUUGUCACAGCUACAUUCUGUUGCCAUAGAUUUUUUGUGUGAUGGAGGCUCUGCCUCUAAGCAUAUACUUCACUUGGUGUUCGGGAUCUAUUUAUUGCUUACCCUGGUUUGAAAAAUUCAGUUUUCUUUAGGUAAAGCUACCAGAGAUGAAGCACUUCAGUGCCCACUGCCCAGGUUAGCUGGGAAUUGACAUUGCUUACAUAUACCUGUACUGUAUUCCUGCUGUUUUUCAUUAUGCCUUAACAUGUUAAGUGACACUGCAGUUGGUAUGGUGUCUACAAGGAGCAUGGAGUAGUAAAUAAACGUAGAGGGUGCAACAGGUUUACGUGGUCUGAGAAUGUAAGGAAAGUGCACCAUGCUCAGAAAACCACCGCACGAAAACCUGUAGUUUAAGACUAUGCCAUCAUUCGUAAAUGUGAGUUAAAGGUACACAGAAAGUAAAACUGACGUUUGUUAUUUUUAAAAAUAUUUGCCUGUGAAAAAUACUGGUUUGACUGUAGUUCUUUUGGUGUCAAAGGGUGUAGGUAUUAUUGUUUGUGAGAACUGGGACUGCUGCAGCAGCUAAGAGCCAACAGUGAGUGUGACCUAUUUAGAAAAAAACCUCCAGCCUGCUGCUGAUGAACCGACUGGUUUUGGUUCACUUACAGCACUAUGGGAUUCAAAACAUACUUAGAAAACAAAUAAGGAUUCUUUAAAGCCCUGUGGAAGCUGCAAAUGAGGGUGUAGAAAGUGACUCUUCGGCCGCUGUCACAGCCAGAACAGAGCCCGUGGUUUUGGCUUGCACUGUUGAAACUCACUGUGUGAUAUUUUUUUAUUGAGCCGCAUUGGGUCUGAUCCACUCAGCAAUGCUGUGGUUAGAGAGAGUCUCUCUAACUGCUUAGUUGCACAUUAAGUUCAAAGUUCUGAGGCAUUCUUCACCUGAUGGGUGUCAUGGAGAAAUGCUUGUAAGUGCUCUCUGUUCCUUGUCUUGCUUGUGCGAUUUUAUUAAUGUGUCAAGCUGAGGUUGGUAGGAAUCCACAUUUCAAGAGUGUUUGCAAAGGGCAGCAAGAAACACAACUGUGUGGCUCCUCACAGGCAGAAAGCGGGGAGCCAACUUUGCUUGUCCCUUAAAUAAUCGCUCUGUAGCCUAUGCAUUUAGAAGUUAAUUUCAUUUUGGCAGCAUCAGUUCUAGACUUUGCCCAGCCAGUCCUGGUUUGGGAAAGGACUGAGUCUACACUGCUGAAAAGCCAGUACUGCCUCUGAGUGCAGUGUUGCUGUUAGCUCCCUCUGGCCUUGUGCACUCUCUGUGUAGGCUGUGCCCUAAAGGCCUACAUCUUUGUAAUUUUUACAGUUUCUCUUCCCAGAACAAAAUGAGGUUUUAGUUUACUGCCCAGGAAGGGAAUGGGAUUGCUGGAGAUCCCUGUAGAAUACCAAGUCUCAUAGGUGAAGAAGGAAAUAGGCUUUCAGUAUGUUGAUAGUUUUUAGUUAGAUUUUGUUGUUUGCAGUAUGCUACAGUUUUUAUUGCCAAUAGAGAUACGUCAGGACCACAGGGACACCGACAUUUCUGAGCUGUGAUGAAGGAUGUCCCAGGUAAGACACCUCCCUGUGGCCUGUGGCUUGAUGGGACUGUUGAGUAGGAGAUGGGCCAUUCGCUGCACUAGUGCGGAGGGAACUUGCGGGAGCCAACACAGCUCUUGCAAGAGGGUCUGACUUUCACCUGGGCAUCUAGGGGAGACCAGGACCAAACCAGAGCAGUGAGGGCACAGCCCCUUUCUUCCUCUUCUCCCCAGUGCUCAGGUCCUAGAAGUGGUCCCAUGCACAGGAACAGUGCGGCCAAGCAGCCUCCUGUUAAAGGCCAGGAAAGAGACACUUCCUGCCUGAGGGCAGCUGGGUAUGUCCAGGCAGGAGGCUCCUCGAAACCCACUGACCCCACACUCGCAACAAGCUCCAGAAAAGGGAUGGUUUUGCAGCUUCUGGCCUGCCAUUAAACCAGAUGCAUUUUCUUGACAGGUCAGAUUCAUGUGCAGCAAUGAGCUGUGUUAUAUGCCACAGGACUUCCUGCCCAGCUCAUAUUUUACAUGUUGAUUUGACUUACCAAAGAACAGUAUUAAGGAGUGCCUUUUUUUGUUUGUGUGUGUGUUCAUUUCCUCCUGUAUUUACAAAAAUUAUUUAAGAAAUGUAUAUGCUUUUAUAGGCACUUUUAUUUUCCAUUGCUUGUAACAGAUUAUCACUCAUGUUUUGUCAGAUUUUUA